CCCCAACCUUAACCCCUCUCCAGCAAACUCAUCACAUCCUCCUCCCUCCCUAGCAAACGCAGCUAGCCAUGGCUCUUUGCUUCAAGGCUUUCCUUUUGCUGUCUUUGCUCCUCAUGCCUUUCUCUUGUGGCACCGUUGCCGGCUUUCAGGAUGGCAUGCAGGCCACAUACUCACUUGAUCAGGGUGGGAUCCAGAUGAAUCCAUCCAGGAAGCUGUUGAUGCUGGGUGCAAUGCUGGAUUAUGAUGAUACAGGUGCCAAUACUAAGCAUGACCCAAGGAAAAAACCUGGCAAGCCCUGAUCAAACCAUGAAUUAACUAGAAAAAAAAGAAAAAGGAGGAGCAACUCUCUACUCACUGUCUCUUUUUUAAGAGGUUUUGAUCAUCUAGCAAUAGAAAGGCAUAAUAUAUAUUAUGGAGUUAUUAAAUCAGUUAAGUGAGUAGUAACAAAAGAGUACAAACCCUACUCAGUGGGGGUGUAGUAUAAUUAUGUUCUGAAACUGUGUUAUUGCCAUUGUAUUCUGCGGAUGUGAUUUUAUGUUUGUACUUCCCAGGCUAUUGCCUGCCAUAUAUUAAGAAUAAAUAAUGAAGCUUUCGUAUUU